GAGUGUGUUUCCACUGUGUGAUAGAUGUGGUUCCUGUGAAGAAUGAAGAUGGUCUUGUCAUCAUGUUCAUCCUGAACUUUGAACUACCCACUGACCCCCGACCCUCCAACACUUCUCCCGUCAGAGAGCUGCACAGAGUGCUGAGGAUCCCCUGGCUCACCCUGGCUCGGCGUCAGCGUCUGCGCCUCCUCCUGCGCUCCCUCAGCCCUCCUCCAGCGCAGACACAGAGCUCGGUGCUCCGCUCCCGCCACUCGGGCACGAGUCUGUGCCCUGGACAAACUUCUGUCCCUCCCGAGAGACAGCAGCUGGAGGAGGCCGGAGUGGACUCCUGCUUGUCUAUCAUGUUCCUGAUCUCCUUCUACAUCUCUGUAAAUCUGACGGCUGUCAGGCUGGACGGCAGCUGUACCAGUCUGAAACACUCGUCCUCAGUGGACGACAUCAAGAGUGGAGAGAGUUACUGGGACAAGAGGCUGCAGCUGAGACACAGCUGUACAGGUAUGGUCUCCGUCAGGAAGAGCAGCACUCCUGUUGGGACAUCGGACGCUGAUUUACGCUGUCGGACCAACAGCCAGGUAACACAUAUGACUCAGAGUCUGUUGGACACUAAGGCUGACCCCCUGGUUGCAUUACCUCCAGGUGAGAUCAGACCUCCCAGUAAACUGAUGGACCGGACUCACCACGUCACAGAGAAAGUCACUCAGGUGCUGUCUCUGGGUGCUGACGUGUUACCAGAGUACAAGCUGCAGACCCCUAGGAUCCAGAAGUGGACCAUCCUCCACUACAGUCCCUUUAAAGCCGUGUGGGACUGGGUCAUCCUGCUCUUAGUGAUCUAUACUGCCAUAUUCACUCCUUAUUCUGCCACUUUUCUGCUCAGUGACCAAGAGGAGGCAGCCAUGCAGACCUGUGGGUACUCGUGCUCCCCCCUAAAUGUGGUGGAUCUGAUCGUGGACAUCAUGUUUAUUGUUGACAUCAUCAUCAACUUCAGGACCACCUAUGUGAACUCUAAUGAUGAGGUGGUGAGUCAGUCUACCAAGAUCGCUGUGCACUACUUUAAAGGCUGGUUCCUCAUCGACAUGGUGGCCGCCAUUCCCUUUGACCUCCUCAUCUACCGCUCAGGAGAGGAGGUGACCACCACUCUGAUUGGCUUAUUGAAGACGGCUCGGUUAUUGCGAUUGGUUCGUGUAGCCAGGAAGUUGGACCGCUACUCAGAGUACGGGGCAGCCGUCCUCUUCCUCCUCAUGUGCACCUUCGCCCUCAUCGCACACUGGCUGGCCUGCAUCUGGUAUGCCAUAGGUAGCGUGGAGCGGACCACCUCGCAUGGGGUCGGCUGGUUGGCCACGCUGGGCGGCCAGCUGGGGAAGCCGUUCAAUGAAUCCAUCAUGGGGUCGGGUCCCUCUAUCAGGGACAAAUACGUCACCGCGCUUUACUUCACCUUCAGCAGUCUGACCAGCGUCGGCUGGAACGUCUCCCCAAACACCAACUCCGAGAAGAUCUUCUCCAUCUGCGUCAUGCUCGUCGGAGCUCUGAUGUAUGCCAGUAUCUUCGGUAACGUGUCAGCCAUCAUUCAGCGGCUGUACUCCGGUACGGCUCGUUACCACGCCCAGAUGAUGAGAGUCCGGGAGUUCAUCCGCUUCCACCAGAUCCCGAACCCUCUGAGGCAGCGUCUAGAGGAGUACUUCCAACACGCCUGGUCCUACACCAACGGGAUCGACAUGAACGCU